AUGUCUAGGCGUCCAAUUGAAGGCUCUGCCUCUGCGUGGGGCGGCGGAACUACUCCGUGGCGCGCGCGGAACGCCACGGUGUGGCAGUCGUUCGACCACCCCACCGAUGCCCUGCUCGUCGGGCAGUCGCUGCGCCAGGGCGCGCGCCUCGUACUCCACCAAGGCGCCGGCGCCCAGACUCAGUUCUCGAUCCUGGGGUGUCACCCGAGCAAGGAGGUGAUCUUCCUCGUCGCCGGCAAGGGCGGCCGAACCUCGCGCAGCGGCGACAAUUGGGCUCCACCACAGCUCGGUGCCCAAGCCACCGCGUCCAAGGAAGCAGCCGCCGCGAGACCCAAGGAGCCGCCCAGGAGCAUAGACUUCACCAAGCCGCCGGGAGCUCCAUGGCGUCGAGGCCGCGACAGGACCUCCAUGGCGUCAAGGCCGCGAUCGGACCUCCACGGCAGCCUGGACGACCUCCUGCACGGCGCUGCCGGCGCCGGCGCCGCGGGCAAGGCGGGGCUGGACUGGGACGCGCGGCACCGGAUCGCGGUGGGCGUGGCCUGCACCACGACUGCGUGCCGCCCGUGGCGCACCACGACCUCAAGCCCAGCAACAUCCUGCUCGACGCCAACAUGGAGGCGCGCGUGGCCGACUUCGGCGUCGCCAAGGCGCUCCACGGCGCCGCGCCCAUGUGAGGAGGUGCCGUUGCCGCCGCUGUGGGCGCGGGCGAGCUGCUGGUGA